CGACCUUACAGGCAGUGUAAACCUCGCUGACCAAUCAGAGCAGAGCUGGCUUGCUUUCGUUUCCAAGCCGGUGUUUGCUCAGUGCAGUGCUGUGCUAGUACUAGAUUCUGUCACCGGCGGCCGUCACCAUGCUGCUGUCCGAGCUGUCCGCGGAGCGGCAGAUCUUCUACUCGGUGCUGCUUUUCUCAUGGGUCGUGUACGUGUGGGAGGCCUACCUGGCCAGCAGACAGCGUAAGAUUUAUCGAACUACAACACAUGUACCUGCUGAACUUGGUAAUAUUAUGGAUCCAGAAACAUUUGAGAAAUCUCGACUUUACCAGCUUGACAAAAGUACCUUCAGUUUUUGGUCUGGGUUAUACUCUGAAGCAGAAGGCACACUCAUACUUGUUCUUGGCGGUAUACCUUUCCUGUGGAAUGUGUCUGAACAAAUACUGGAUCGUGCAGGCUUUGGUCCAGAAUAUGAGAUCUUUCACUCGCUGGUGUUUCUGCUACUUGCUACUAUGUUCAGUGCCUUGACUGGUCUCCCAUGGAGCUUGUAUAAUACUUUUGUGAUUGAAGAAAAGCAUGGCUUUAACCAACAGACUCUUGGCUUUUUUUUUAAAGAUGCCAUAAAGAAAUUCUUGGUUACGCAAUGCAUUCUCCUCCCAGUUACAUCUCUAUUGUUGUACAUUAUUAAGAUUGGUGGAGACUACUUCUUCAUCUAUGCUUGGCUCUUCACUUUGGUGGUGUCUCUGGUUCUUGUGACAAUCUAUGCUGAUUAUAUUGCACCCUUAUUUGACAAGUUUAUCCCACUACCAGAUGGAGAGUUAAAAGAAGAUAUUGAACAAAUGGCAAAAAGUAUUGACUUCCCAUUGACCAAAGUUUAUGUUGUUGAAGGUUCCAAGCGUUCCUCACACAGCAAUGCAUAUUUUUAUGGGUUCUUUAAAAACAAGCGUAUAGUUUUGUUUGACACUCUUUUGGAGGACUACUCUCCUCUAAACAAGGAUGAAACGGAGGAGACCUUGGAAAAUGAAAGUGCUGAAGUUAAACUGAAAGCUAAAAAUGCAAAUAAGAAGCAGGGAUGCAACAACCAAGAGGUCCUCGCUGUUCUAGGGCACGAGCUGGGCCAUUGGAAGCUGGGACACACUGUAAAGAACAUAGUGAUCAGCCAGAUGAAUUCGUUCCUUUGUUUUUUCUUAUUUGCGGUACUCAUUGGACGUAAGGAAUUAUUUUCAGCGUUUGGAUUUGACACAACACAACCUACACUCAUUGGUCUGAUGAUUAUAUUUCAGUUUAUCUUCUCUCCAUAUAAUGAGGUCCUCUCGUUCUGUCUUACUGUAUUAAGCCGGAGGUUUGAGUUUCAGGCUGAUGCAUUUGCCAAGAAUCUUGGAAAAGCAAAAGAUUUGUAUUCUGCCCUGAUUAAACUAAACAAGGACAAUUUAGGAUUUCCUGUCUCUGACUGGAUAUUUUCUAUGUGGCACUACUCGCAUCCUCCAUUACUGGAAAGGCUGCAAGCCUUAAAAGCUGACAAACAGGAUUGACAAAAUGCCACCUUCUGCAUAAUGGAUAUGAACUUUGCAGGAAAGAGUAAAUAGGCUGUGUUUUGUCCUCUCUUCACUUAUGGUUUAACAUAAUAAAUUGCAGACUUAAAUUCUGCAUGUAUCAAUGAUACAUAACGUGGGGACAUUUUAAAGACCUGCACAGGAAUAUGUACAUGGUUUUCAUAAAAUAUUUUUUUUCUGCUUUUAAAUGAAAAUUGUUUGAUUUUUUCAAUGGAGCCUUAUUUUGCAUUUGUGUGUUUUUUAAUUUAAACUGUUGUUUCAAAGGGUUUGCUUCAGACUAAUAACAGUGGAUAUUCUGUUUCCUGUGCAGGUGAACCAGAGUAUUUCACUAGACUAUGUAAAAGUAUUAUUUUAUUUUUUUCUUCUUUUGUAUAAAGUUAGUCUGGACUUUGGUUUUUAUUUGUCUCUUUCCGCUACUCAAAUGAGAGAAAUGGUGUAAGGUUGAUAUUAAAUUUCCAUGUUUACUAAAUGUUUUGAGACCCAAAUAUUUUGCUUUCAUCUGAAUAAAACCUACUUGUGUUUUUUCUUA